AUGUCACAAAGAAAUACUCAUCACGUUGCAACAAACAUUCCAUCGGCUCGAACAACUAUUAAAAGUGCUGUAUGUACUACUACUCGUCCGACAGUAACUGCAUUAUCACGUGCAAGUAACACUGAAUAUAUAGAUUAUAAUUCAGUUGAUGUGGCUAGGAAGGAAACUAUUCAAAAAGAACAAGAAGCACGUCGAGCAUGGACAGUCAAGUUUAAUCCAUGGCUAAUUGAUGAGUACCGACAAAUGUAUGAUAAAAUAGCAAAAGUUCACGGUAUCACUCGAGAAAAUUGCGUUAUCUCUCUAAGACGUGCCGAAUGGCAACAACCAGCUAAUACAUUCCCACCAUUAAAUCAACGUUUAGCAGGUCAACGUCGUCGGCGUGUAUUGGGGGCAUUUCCUCAAACAGAAAAUGACAAAAUUGGUUGGAAAGCUUCACCACAACAAGCUUUUCAAAUCUAUGAACGUUCAACAACAUCAGCACAUAUGACUGCAUUACCAAAAAAAUAUAAAUUUUCUAACAUGCCUAUUGAAAGUUUUUACUAA